AUGGGGGCCAGACUCUCCAGUUUAUGGACACAACAUCACCCACCCAUACCUACUUUCACUGAGAGAGACCUACCAAGUCUCGAUGGAAAAGUGUACAUCGUCAGCGGCUCCAAUACCGGCGUUGGUAAAGAGUUGGCCCGUGUAUUGUAUUCUAAAGAUGCCAAGGUCUACAUUGCAGCACGUUCCAAAACCAAAGCCGACGAUGCAAUACAAGACAUCAAAGACUCAGAGCCUGCAUCUAAGGGAGAAUUGGUCUUUCUCCACUUAGACCUAGCAGAUCUGACUACGAUCAAGGCGUCUGCACAGCGCUUCCUCGAUGCCGAAACAAAACUCCACGUUCUCUUCAAUAAUGCAGGUGUCAUGGCUCCCGAAAAGAUUCAACGGACACCGCAAGGCUACGAAUUGAACCUGGGCAUCAACAAUGUUGGAACAUUCCUCUUCACCAAGCUCCUCACACCUAUUUUAGUCUCAACCGCCAAGGUGGAACACUACAACCAUGUUAGAGUGAUUUGGCUUGCUUCAGCUGCACACGAGAUGUUUGCUCCAACCAACUUUGGGAUUACACUCGAUAAUUUGGACUACAAGAAAGAUGUUGCUGGUCCCAAGAGGUAUGCCCGCAGCAAGUCGGGUGCCUGGGCACUGGGUGUGGAAUUUGCGAAUCGACACAGGGCAGAUGGUGUCAUCAGUAUUCCAUUGAAUCCAGGAAACCUUACCUCCGAACUCUUCCGGGACCAGAAUUCCGUGAUGAAGUUUGUGUCGGGGAUGGUAGGAUAUCCUCCUAUAAAUGGGGCUUAUACGGAAUUGUUCGCAGGUUUGUCGCCUGAGGUGACAAUUGAAAAGUCUGGAAGUUGGGGUAAGUAAAAUUCAAUCAAAGACCAUCGUAGGCGAUAUUUUGGGUCUAACUUGUCUCUAGUCGUUCCCUUUGGUCGAAUUUAUCCAAUUCGACAGGACCUACUCUCUGCAAUGAAGAGUAAGGCUGAAGGUGGAAACGGUAGCUGUAAAAGGUUCUGGGAGUGGUGUGAGGAGCAAGUCAAACCAUAUCUAUGA